UGGGAGCGCGCGGGCGGGUGCUGGACGCCUCCGCCGUCCCCGCCGUCCCCGCCGUCCCCGCCGUCCCCGCCGCCGCCGCCGCCGCCCCUCGCCUUCCCUCCCCUGGCAGGGCCGCCUUUCCCUGUCUCAGCCCCGCGAGGCUCCACAGCCGCGUCGCCGUUCCCCUGGCAGCCAACCGCUCGCCGAGCGGCGCGUCUGGACGCCCGAGUCUGCAGAGCACCGGGCGUCGCAGCGUUCGCACACCGCCCGGGGCCGUCCCGGCGCCCCGGCUCCCCUCGCUCCUCCCCUCCUGCCCCACCCUGCAUCCCUCUCGCGGCGGGUUCCAGGCUGCUCAGCCUUGAGAUUGACACUGCGUUGCGUUCUGUCCCCCGAACCGCAGCUGGAUCCCUUACACUCGCCUACCAGCGCCAAGCAGCUGGCUUGGGCACCCAGUAGGAGUUCACCUGCAGGUUUCCCUAGAUGACGGAUAAACAUUCAUACCGUCUGAAGAACAUCUGUGGAAACCUUGACCAUGGCAUCAGUAUCGGAGCCUGUAACAUUCCGAGAAUUCUGUCCUUUGUACUAUCUCCUCAAUGCCAUUCCCACAAAGAUCCAGAGAGGCUUUCGCUCUAUUGUGGUCUACCUCACAGCCCUGGAUACCAACGGAGACUACAUUGCGGUGGGCAGCAGCAUCGGCAUGCUCUACCUGUACUGCCGGCAUCUCAACCAGAUGAAGAAGUACAACUUCGAAGGGAAGACAGAGUCCAUCACUGUGGUGAAGCUGCUGAGCUGCUUUGAUGACCUUGUAGCAGCGGGCACCGCCUCCGGGAGGGUUGCCGUUUUCCAGCUCGUUUCUUCAUUGCCUGGGAGGAACAAGCAGCUUCGAAGAUUUGAUGUUACUGGUGUUCAUAAGACCAGCAUCACAGCUCUGGCGUGGAGCCCCAAUGGGAUGAAGCUGUUCUCUGGAGAUGACAAAGGGAAGAUCGUCUACUCCUCUCUUGAUCUAGACCAGGGUAUCUGCAACUCCCACCUUGUGUUAGAAGAGCCGUCCUCCAUUGUGCAGCUGGACUACAGCCAGAAAGUGCUGCUCGUGUCCACCUUGCAGAGAAGCCUGCUCUUUUACACAGAAGAGAAGGCUGUCAAGCAGAUUGGAUCCCAACCAAGGAAAAGUACUGGGAAAUUUGGUGCUUGUUUUAUACCAGGACUGUGUAAGCAAAGCGAUCUGACCCUGUAUGCAGCCCGACCUGGGCUCCGGCUGUGGAAGGCUGAUGUCCAUGGGACCGUUCAAGCCACAUUCAUCCUCAAGGAUGUCUUUGCUGGAGGAGUCCCGCCUUUCGAGCUCUACCCUCGUCUGGAGCCCUCUGACGGGGGAAGCUGCAGCUCACCUGAGAAACACCUGGGGCUCGUUUCCUGCUUCUUCCGAGAAGGCUGGGUGUUGAGCUGGAACGAAUACAGUAUCUACCUUCUGGACACUGUCAAUCAGGCCACAGUUGCUGGUUUGGAAGGACUGGGUGAUAUUGUGUCUGUCUCCUGCACAGAAAACGAAAUAUUUUUCCUAAAGGGAGAUAGGAACAUUAUAAGGAUUUCAAGCAGACCUGAAGGACUCACAUCCAUAGUGAGAGACGGUCCAGAGAUGACAAGAUGCUCAGAGCAGGUCCGUGGGCAGCAUCUGGAGAAGUCACUGGGGGCCACAGUUUGUGAGACAAGGCUUCGAGGCUCUUCUGUGGCCAGUUCUGUGGCCAGUGAGCAACGAAGCAGGAGCAGUUCACUGAACUCCACGGACAGUGGCUCUGGGUUGCUGUUGCCUGGAUUUCAGGCUACCCCUGAGCUGGGCCAGAGUGGUCAGCCAUCCUCACAGAGAUUCAGUGUCAUCAGCUCUGAAGACUUUGACCAGGAGCUUAUUGUGAAACCUAUCAAAGUGAAGAAGAGGAGGAGGAAGAGAAAGACAGAAGGUGGAAGCAAGAGCACCUGCAACAGUUCCCUCGAGUCAACUCCCUGCUCCGAGCUCCCUGCUGACAGCCCCCAGUCCAUGACCUCAAGUGUUCUGGGCAGUAGUGUGGAUCAGUUGAGCACAGAAUCUCCUGACCAGGAGAGCAACCCCAGUGGUGAGGUGGAUGGGAUCACACGGGAGAGCAAUGGCCCCGAAGCGUUCCAUGUCCUGGAGGUCCCUGGCCCUGGCCCUGACCCAGUGGAUGAAGAAAAUCUCACUAGGAAGGAAGCUUCCCAGUGUGACCACACACAGGACACAGACCUGCUCAGCGGAGUGUUGACGCUACCCUUGCAGCCAGAGGACGAUGUGGAAGCUGCUGACAUCAUCUCAGGCCUUGAAGAGGAGCCUGGUCCUGCUGCUGAUACUGCAGUACAUUCAGAGUUAUGCCUGCAGGGACAGAACAGCUCUCCUAAGGAGCAGGAGGCAGACGCCAUGGAGGUCUGUGACCCCCAGAGCACUUUUUCUGAAGCCCCUCUUCUGAACUCAAGUAUGCCGCCUUCCAUUCUCAGCUGGCCCCCAGGUGCUGAGCAGUGGCUGCCUGGGAUUGGAGUCUAUGAGGUCAGCACUGAGGAGGCCAGCCCAGAAGCAGACAUCCUGAGCCAGGUGGAGGUCCCUAGCCACCUGAGCGCAAAUCCUAACACAGGUCAGAAGGAAACAUCUACUUUUGAAUGUGACAUGGGAAAUGCGGAAGUACAGAUGACUCCUCUUGCCUCUGCCUCGGUGGCCAGCACCCAUGCACAUUGGCUGGACCAACCUUUCCAGGAUCAGGCAGUGACAUCCAGUGAUGAGGAAGACAUUUAUGCCCACGGACUCCCAUCUUCAUCCUCAGAGACAAGUGUCACAGAGCUUAGAGCUGGUCACUCUCUGCAGGACCUGAGCCAGCCAGGUGCUGAGGACACCACACUGCUCAAGGCAGAUCAGUUUGCAGAGAGCUGGAUGGGCUACUCGGGUCCUGGCUAUGGCAUCCUCAGCUUGGCGGUCUCGGAAAAGUUUCUCUGGUGCCUGGACUACAAAGGUGGCCUGUUCUGCAGUGCCCUGCCUGGUGCAGGGCUGCGCUGGCAGAGGUUUGAAGAUGCCGUCCAGCAGAUGGCAGUCUCUCCCUCAGGGGCUCUUCUCUGGAAGAUUGAACAGAAAUCCAACCGUGCUUUUGCUUGUGGCAAAGUCACCAUCAAGGGGAAGCGGCACUGGUACGAGGCUCUGCCCCAGGCUGUGUUUGUGGCCCUGAGUGAUGACACAGCCUGGAUCAUCAGGACCAACGGAGAUCUGUACCUUCAGACAGGUAGUCGAAGGCCACGUACAUUGUCCUUGUCACUUGCUGAAUCCGAAGCUAGUCACAUUCUGAGACCAGUCACAGGAUGCAGAGAUCGAAAACCAAGUCUCAGUGUGGAUCGGCCCUGUGCCCGAGCUCUGAAGGUGGACUGUCCCUACCCACUGUCCCAGAUCACAGCCCGGAACAGUGUGGUGUGGGCACUGACGGAGCAGAGGGCCCUCCUGUACCGGGAGGGUGUGAGCAGCUUCUGUCCUGAAGGGGAACAGUGGAAAUGUGAUAUUGUCAGUGAAAGGCAAGCUCUGGAGCCUGUCUGCAUAACUCUCGGAGAUCAGCACACACUCUGGGCCCUGGACGUUCAUGGGAAGCUGUGGUUCAGAACUGGUGUGAUUCCCAAGAAGCCCCAAGGGGAUGAUGAUCAUUGGUGGCAGGUGAGCAUCACGGACUAUGUGGUGUUUGACCAGUGCAGCUUGUUCCAGACCAUCAUGCAUGCCACACACUCAGUAGCAACAGCAGCCCAAGCCCCUGUGGAAAAGGUCGCAGAUAAAUUGCGCAUGGCGUUUUGGUCUCAGCAGCUUCAAUGCCAGCCCAGCCUCCUAGGGGUUAACAAGAGUGGUGUGUGGAUCUCCUCUGGGAAGAAUGAAUUCCAUGUUGCUAAAGGAAGUCUUAUAGGAACUUACUGGAAUACUGUUGUUCCCCGGGGAACAGCUUCUGCCACAAAAUGGGCCUUUGUGUUGGCUUCUCCUGCUCCCACCCAGGAUGGAAGCUCCUUAUGGCUAUGCCAGAGCAGUAAAGACCUGUGCAUCAUCAGUGCCCAGAGCACACAGUGCCGCCCCUCCACAGUGCAGCUGCCUCCAGAUGCAGAGAUGAGAGCGUAUGCUGCCUGCCAGGAUGCGCUAUGGGCCUUGGACAGCCUUGGACAGGUGUUCAUCAGGACACUUUCCAAGAGCUGCCCCACAGGCAUGCACUGGACGAGACUGGACCUUUCCCAGCUAGGAACUGUGCGACUGACCAGCUUGGCAUGUGGAAAUCAGCAUAUCUGGGCCUGUGAUUCCAGGGGUGGGGUUUACUUCCGUGUUGGAACCCAGCCUCUGAAUCCUAGCCUGAUGCUUCCAGCCUGGAUCAUGAUUGAACCACCUGUCCAGCUUGCUGGGGUCACAUUGGUCAGCGUCCAUUCCAGCCCCAAUGACCAGAUGUUGUGGGCCCUGGAUAGCAGAUGGAAUGUGCAUGUGCGGACGGGAAUCACUGAGGAGAUGCCUGUGGGGACAGACUGGGAGCACGUGCCAGGAUUGCAGGCCUGCCAGUUGGCCCUGAGUACCAGGACUGUGUGGGCCCGCUGUCCAAAUGGUGACCUUGCCCGCCGCUAUGGCGUCACAGACAAAAAUCCUGCUGGGGACUACUGGAAGAAAAUCCCAGGCAGCGUGUCCUGUUUCACAGUAACUUCAUCAGACGAGCUGUGGGCAGUGGGCCCCUCUGGCUGUCUCCUUCAGCGACUGACAAAGACGUUCAGCCAUUCACACAACAUCCAGAACAGCCAGGCAGCCACCUCCCACCCUGAGGAGCUGGAGGACGAGUGGGAGGUCAUCUGAAGGAGCCCAGACAGCCAGUGAAAGGAGGAAGCCGGGUUCUGUGAUGGAGGCCACUACCUCCCAGUGGCUCACGUAUGGACAUGCCUCAUCCACCAGGCUGGACACCCCACACUUGUUUUCAUCUGUAUUUGUUUUGGUCUCAUUACAGAACUCACAGCCUUAGCCAUGUGCUCGGAACUGUCACUGUAGAGCAGCACCUUUGACAUCUUACCAAGGUCACCUCCAAGUGGGACAGUGGCUGCUGCUCAGCUGCAUGCACUAGUUAACUGUGCACCACAGUAAAUUCUUAUCAGCAACUACGGGGCCUGGUGUGAGCCAAGAGGGACACCACCAGAGGCAGAUGGCUCAAAGCCAGGAAGAGUUGGGCACAUGUCCAUACCAGAACCCCAGACCACAUGGCCUGCAGGUCAGAGCUUGCAGCCACUAGAUGUGUUUGGUGGCAGUGUUAACUUUAUCACAGGGGUCCCUCACUUCUCUCCUAGAGAUACAGGCCACAGCGCACAUCCCACACUGGAUAUUCCAGGUGGGAAAAUAUCCAUGCAGGAUGAGGUGCGGGGCUGUGUUGGGUAGCAUGCACACACCCUAGCCUCGUCAUGUUGCCCACACUCAGGGUAGCUGCCCACCCCCCUCCCACCUCGACCAAUACAACAGCCAAUGGGUGCAGACAGAGUGCAGGUGCCCACAUGGUCCAUGUAGUCCAGCACAGGGGUGCUGAGCUAAUCUAGAGACAUCUUUGGGUGACACUUGACUAGUGUGCUUGUAGGUGUCCUAAAGCCAGGCUCUUCCUCAAAAGAUGAAUCUAGUAAUUGCCUUUUUGUUUGUUAUGUUACAAACCUGAAUAAGAUACCUCACUUAAAAUCAAAUCUCACAAAUUAGAAGAUAAAUGUAUCUUAGAACAAUGAAGGUCUUUUGUUCCUUCAUGCGGUUUAUCCUAAGCCCACCUUGUCUGGCUAUAGCUUUGCAGGGGUGGCCAUCCAGUAUCAUGUCCUCAGCCCAAGAGCAGCCGGUGUCUGCAGUGGCUAUAGCAUUGACUCCCCAGUGGCUGCUGGAAUACAGUGCCUCUGCUCACAGUUGCCAUGUCCCAUCGAAGUGGUUGGGACAGAGCAUCUGAGGUUCAAGGGCAGGCUACCCACCGUGUGUCCUUCCCUGAGCCUGCUGCCCACCCCACCCACCAGGCCCCUGUCACUGCUCCAGACUGGCUGCCUUUUUUAGCCUGCCUGGUCCAGGCAGUUACUUGAUGUCUGUUUUCUACUAAGCAUGUGUCAGGGCCCCAACAGUAACGAUGCAGAGGCUUCCGGAUCUCAGCAGUGACGAGCUGCUGGGAGCUAUGGCUGUACUUCAUUUUAUAGACACCUUUUUAAGAGUUCAGUGACAGCAGGGACAGCCCCGGGCGGGCUCAUCCUCUUCUGUGAAUGGUACGCCUUGCCGGGCUCCUCGCCGUGGCAGCACUCCCUAAGCCCACGGACAACAGUGCAGUUAAACCCAGGCUAACUUGGACACUCCUAGACCAGUUUUAGCUCAGUGCUUUGGGCGAUUGUCUUCUUGGUUUUAAAUUUUAGUUGUGCUUUGAGAUCAUGCAAAAUCUUACUUUUUCCAACUGUUGAGUCUGAUGAGUGAGCUGGGAGGCCUGCAGUAAGCCCAGCAGCCCAGCCACACUGCAGCAUAGCGCCACUGCCUGGGUGGUUUGAAGCGGCUGGUGUAGACAGUACAGCGGGCAGCACCAUUCCACAGCAACACACACCCUCUGGCAGUCCUAGAGAGAAUGCCCCAAAGAAGACAGAGUGAAGGGCAAUCUCAAGACAUUAGUCUUUUGUUAUUGUUAGGAGUCAGUCUUUUGUAGCCCAGGCUGGACUCCAGUUCACCAUGUAGCUAGCCAAGGAUGGCCUUUGCUGAUCUUCCUGCCCUCCACCUUUUAAAGUUCUGGGAUUAUGGAUGUACACUACCAUGUCCUGCUAAAGACGUCAGAUUCCAUACAAAGAAGUCUAUGAGUGUAGCUCUUUCAGAAUCACCAUUGGGGUGUUUCUCUUGGAGAGACAGGGCAGCCCAUGUUACUGUUCAGGUCUCUCAGCUUCAUGUCCCUUCUCUAGAGCCCAGGAGGAAGAAUAUGGUUAGUCUCUCAACCUCAGAGAGGUUGGGUACCUUAUUCGCAGUCACACAGUGAACAUACACCAGGACCCAGCUUGGCAAAUCUGCUGACCUAUGCUGAUGCCACAAACUCCUGGAGUUGCCCCAGCAAGGGCCAGCAUGCCAGGUGGGGCCCAGACCAUGGCAGGACCUUCACCCCAGGCAGCCAGGCAGCCCUGUAGUUAGUCAGCACGGCAGCAUUCCAUGGCAUUGCAGGGGAGGAGCCAACGGCUGCUGUGCUGAGCCGCUCCUUCCACUGAGCAAGAAGCCUGCCUCUGCUUUCUAUACUCAGAUGAUGGGACAGCCACAGAAAACCCAUAUGGAGAUUUUACUUAUUCAAAAUGUAGAGCCUGUAAGUGAGAAAUCCUGUGUGGGGCUGGGGUAUGGCUUAGUGAUGGACAACAGAUCGAAAUCCCUAUCUGCGUAGGACUCUUGAGUAUGCCUGCGAUCUCAGCGCUCUGGAAACUGAGGCAGGAUUGCCCUAAGUUCCAGAGUAGCCUGGACCACAAAGAUCCUGUCUCAAAAAAAAAAAAAUCUGAAUUUAAGAGUAAACAAACAGAGAGUCAUGAUUGCCACAACAUUGGCAUCCAUGUCAAACUUGUCCAGACCAGUAGGAACAAACGCAACACAAAGAUGGACAAAGGAGGUGAAGAGGCAGCUCACAGAAACAUCCUCCAAUGGGAGACCCCAAAGGCAUAGCCUUCUGAGAAGGCCUCUGGGGGGUCCUCAGUCCAAAACCCUAACACUAAAAAUGCCGUCUCUGAAAAUUAGUCAAGGACAAAACUAGAGCUGUGUAUGUGGCACAGUGGUUCAGGCCUUCCCUGGCACGCAGUCCCUGGCUUCAGUUCCCAGGAGGCAACAAAUAGAACCAAGCAGGGAGGGUGCCGCUGUCUUUAUGAGCUUGAGUACAUGCCUGUAAUGGCACAGGAUAGAUGUCAGCAGAGCGUCCUGGAGGGUCCCACAGGCGAUCUAGGGUGGUGUGAAAUCCUUCUGGCCUCUCAGUGCAGUACUGUUUACAGGUAGAGAACACUGCAUGGUGGGGCUCUGUGUGCUUCACUCUUUAGGAGGCGCAGAGAGAGACAAGUUCUCACUUGGGACAAACAGCUGGCCAGUGAUUGUUUCCAAGUCUGUGUCUUUUUUUAAUUCUUUGAAUGUUGAGCCAUGUAAAUGUAUUAUUUAUUUCAAAAUUAAAUAAAAUUUACAUGUAGAAACU